UGAGUACAGAUUUGUUUGGCGUUAUCGACUUGUAGAUAUGAACACUGUGUUUGCCAUCGUCUUCUUUGGCCUGUUGGCCUACACUCAAGCUGGUUUUCUGGCUGCUCCUUAUGGUGCUGCCAUUGCUCCUUACCACCUGGCUGGUGCCCCGGAAAUCACUGGUGCUAUUGGCGCUGCUCAGGGAAGGUACGCUGCUGUUCAAGGUGCCUACGCUGCCGCUCAAGGUAGAUACGCUGCCGCUCAAGGUGCCGCUGCCGCUAAAGAAGGUCUUCUUCUCCGUGCUGGUGCCAACUACGGGUAUGUCAACGCCCCUGGUCUGAGCUAUGCUGGCCUGGGAUAUGGUCCUUACAACUACGGCUAUGCUGGUGCCUAUGGUUUGGGUCUGCCUAGUUACCGUAUUGGUGGUGCUUAUGGUCUUGGUGCUGCUAAAACCUUUAUCCACUGAUAUGUGUAUACUAACAGGUUUUCAAGUAAAGGGUGGAAAAUCAAAGUGAUUUGUUUCUCAGUGUUUAUGCUACCUUUAUU